GAGCCGGGGCUGAGCCAGGGUGUAAUAAUAAUCCCGGGGAUGCGGCUGCCGCCGCUCGCAGCGCUGCCGGCCGGGCGCGGAGCGGGUGCGGAGCUGCAAAGGCGCUGAGCGCCGGGCGCGGAGCCGCCGUGGCGGCCGCAGCCACCGCCCCCCGCCCGCCGCGGGAGCGGCCCCGCCGGCCGGGGCGCGGGGGGAGCGCGGCGGGGAUGGGAGGAGGAAAUCCUGUGAAUGUCAUCGCGGGGCGGCGGGGCAGCGCGGCUGGCGACAAGGCUCCGCGAGCAGACAGCCUCUGCGGGGGCGGCGGGGGCAGAGCCCACCAGCGGCACGCCACAAAGGAACCGGCCCUGCCAAUGUCAUCGGCCAUCGAGAGGAAGAGCCUCGAUCCUUCCGAGGAGCCGGUGGAUGAGGUGCUGCAGAUCCCCCCAUCGCUGCUGACAUGCGGGGGGUGCCAGCAGAACAUCGGGGACCGCUAUUUCCUGAAGGCCAUCGAYCAGUACUGGCACGAGGACUGCCUGAGCUGCGACCUGUGCGGCUGCCGGCUCGGCGAGGUGGGCAGGCGCCUCUACUACAAACUGGGCAGGAAGCUCUGCAGGAGGGACUAUCUCAGGCUCUUUGGCCAGGACGGGCUGUGCGCCUCCUGCGAGAAGCGGAUCCGCGCCUACGAGAUGACCAUGCGGGUGAAGGACAAAGUGUAUCACCUUGAGUGCUUCAAGUGUGCUGCCUGCCAGAAACACUUCUGCGUGGGGGACAGAUACCUCCUCAUCAACUCGGACAUAGUGUGUGAGCAGGACAUCUACGAGUGGACUAAGAUCAACGGCAUGAUCUAGCAGGGACGUGCCCGUGGCCGGUAGCAGAACCUCCCGGGUGACACCGCUGCCUAGCUGCACUCAGGAGAUCAUCCCUUGAGCUUUUGAAACGGGGGGAACACCACGCAGUUGGCCCUUGGCAGGCAGUGCUACGCAGAAUGUAAACUACAUGUGGUGAAGGAGGGAGAGCAAAGCAAUAGUAGCUGGACUGACUUGUGUUCACAGURCGGACAGUAACUGACAUCAGCUGACAGACCCAGCACCAUAACCCAUCCUCCUCMGUGGAGCAGAGUAGGGACUUUCUGUAAAGAGAUGUUAUGAUGUUGUCACCUGCAGACUAGGAUUGUGCAAUUCAGUUUUCCUUUUGUCUUGUUUUAAUUACUGAGUUUAGAUGACAACUCCCACUGUAGGCAUGAUGAGGAAUUCUGGAAGGAAAGAGCCAUCCCUCACAUGGUCAUUCCAUACGGCCUUACAYUUUGGGUGGGAGAGGAAGCAGGAGGAGGGUGUGGGUUAUUUUUGCAUGGAUUUUUUCUUUUUCCUUUGAGAAUGAAUAGUGCAUCCUCUAGUCCCAAACUCUUCUGUUAAAAAAUCCUGCUGAAUUGUUUUUUUUGGGCACUGCUGUUUCAAGAUGAGAUGUUACCCAGAUUGUUUCUAUACAAAUAUAAAUCUAAAGAGUUGUUCAACUAUUUUAUUAACUUAGAUUAUAUCAAUAAAAUAUUUGUUGUGUGUAGUAAGACUCUGCAGCUUUAAUAAAAAUAAUGA